AUGGUUUCUUCCACUAUAAUAGCCUCAUCAUCAUCAUGUCUAGCUCAAUCUUCGCUCUACUAUCUCACGGACUUACCAAUUUUAGUUAAACGAACUGGUUCUUCCCUUCUUUCCUGCAAACCGAAUGUAGCACCUCUGAGGUCUAACCGACGCCGGUUAGCUUGCUUCUUCAAUGCCGGAAAGGAUUCCAAACCCAAAGUUGAAGCGCAGGACAAGGGAUUGGAGUGGCCAAUACUCAAGCGAUGGGACGUACCUUGGCCAUGGCAAACAAUUACCUUAACCUCACUUGCCUGUGGACUAAGUUUUAUUUUGACAGGAUUGGUAGAGGCAACGGCCAUACCCUAUUUAGGACUUAAGAUUGAAGAGCUAAGUUUAGACGAGAAGGCGGAGAUACUGCUUUUGGACCAAAGUAUUGCAACUGCCGUUGUACUUGGAGUUCUUUACGGUAUCCUCAACACCUUCCAACCUCUUCCUGAAGAUGUGUUUCGCUAUGAUUUAAAGGAGCCUUUCAAUCUACAGAAAGGUUGGCUCUUAUGGGCGGGCAUUGGUCUUGCUGGUGCUCUGCUUGCUGUUGCAUUGACUGGAGUUGCUUUGUCUACAUUUAGUGGUGAGACCCCGCAGAGAGAGACUGAUGCUCUUGUUCGACUUCUUCCAUUGAUUGGAUCUUCCAGUAUCAGCACCGUUUGCUUGAUUGGCAUCACUGGCGUCCUUGCUCCAGUCUUGGAGGAGAAUGUCUUUCGAGGGUUUUUCAUGGUGUCUCUGACAAAGUGGGUACCUACACCAGUUUCUGUACUAAUUAGUGCGGCUGUAUUUGCCUUGGCACAUUUGACACCUGGAGAGUUUCCCCAAUUAUUUGUGUUAGGGACUGCUCUGGGAUUUUCAUAUGCUCAAACUCGCAAUCUUCUAACCCCAAUCACAAUUCAUGCAUUCUGGAACUCGGGAGUAGUCAUCAUUCUCACCUUGCUUCAGCUCCAGGGAUAUGAUAUCAAGGAAUUAUUGCAGUCAACCUAA